CCGCAUAUCCGCGAAUAUCGAACGUGCAACGUCACACCAACUUUUUUCCAGUCUCAGUUUAAACCCAAACAGGCUGAAAACGACCGGGAGGAACAUAAGAUUUGAGCGAAAUUUCGCGGAGUCUCGUAUAAACUGUGCUUCCUCUCGCGACUUUGAAUCCGUCGCCGAAACAUGGCGGCCACGAUGGAUGUCGACACCCCGAGCGGGACAAACAGCGGCGCCUGUAAGAAGCGUUUUGAAGUCAAAAAGUGGAAUGCAGUAGCUCUGUGGGCUUGGGACAUCGUGGUGGAUAACUGUGCCAUCUGCAGAAACCACAUCAUGGACCUGUGUAUAGAGUGUCAGGCCAAUCAGGCUUCUGCCACAUCAGAGGAGUGCACAGUGGCCUGGGGAGUGUGUAAUCAUGCAUUUCAUUUCCACUGCAUCUCCCGCUGGCUAAAGACGCGGCAGGUGUGUCCUCUGGACAACAAUGAAUGGGAGUUCCAGAAGUACGGACACUGAACUCUGCAUGCGUCCUUGCUGUUUUUUUUUUUUUUUGUUAAGUUUAAACAGUGAAUUUUUUUUGUUUUGUUUUGAAAGGCAUCUUAUAUCACCUUUCAAAAUGUAUAAUAAAUACUGUGUGUGUUGAUGUUAUAGUACUACUGAGUGACAGGGUGCAUUGUUACCAGCUGGAAGUUCAUUAUUUUCAUAUAAGACCGUGUCUCUGUGUUUUAUUCCUCUUACACCACACCGAUUUACCAACAAUAAAAGAAAGUCAUGUCA